CGCAGUGGAAGCUUUUUUUUUUUUUAAAUGAAAAUAAAUUUCUUGAGAUUUCGUGGUUGCUCAGUUAAUUUCCGGUUUUUCUUUUUAUCGUACGUCACUGUUCAGACGUCACUCGCAGUCAGACCAGUGGCAGUCAGCGCCAUAAGGCAGAGGUUGAACGGUUGUUAACUUGUAACAGGCUUUGUUUUUUUUUCCGUUGCCCCCUUCGUUUCUCAUUCUCGCCACCUUUUUAGUUUAUUUUAUUUUAAGGGACCGGGAUCCCGCUUAAUCGCAUCAGGUCCCGGCCCUGGUCAAAAAUGCCCGACAAAGUGACAAUUCGCCUCGCCACGGCCGAUACCGUCAAGAUCACCAAGUGGAAAGUGGAAGAGGGGACGAUAGUCUACGAUGGGAGGAUCCUCAUGCUCUACGAGGAGUCAGGAGGCGGGAAACAGUGCAAGAUGAAAUCGAAGAAUGUCGGCACGGUUGCAAAACUGCUCGCCAAGGAAGGCGAUACGGUCCGACCCGGCGAGGAACUGUUGGAGAUCGCGGAAGGCUGCAGUCACCCGACGGUCAUCAACGACCUUUGCGCCGAAUGCGGGGCCGACCUGCAGAAGGAGGGCAGCUCGGAGUCGCAGGCGACGAUACCUAUGAUACACAGCAUACCGCAGCUCAAGGUCAGCCACGAGCAAGCUCAACUGAUAGGCAAAGCAGAUACGGAUAGGCUGAUAAGGGACCGGAAAUUGGUGCUGCUUGUCGACCUGGAUCAGACUCUUAUACACACAACGCACGACAACGUCCCAAACAAUAUAAAGGACGUUCACCACUUCCAGCUAUCAGGUUCAUUCCACUGGUACCACACGCGGCUAAGACCCGGGACAAGAAAAUUCUUAAAACGCCUGGCGCCAUUGUACGAGCUUCAUAUAUGCACGUUCGGAGUCCGUUCUUAUGCGCACACCGUGGCGAGGAUACUUGAUGAGAACGGCUCGCUUUUCUCCCACCGCAUCCUCUCUCGAGACGAGUGCUUUGACUCCAACUCGAAAUUUGCCAAUCUCCAAGCACUGUUCCCUUGCGGCGACGAGCUCGUCUGUAUAAUAGAUGAUAGGGAAGACGUCUGGAACUACUCACCCAACCUCAUACAAGUCAAGCCAUACCUGUUUUUCAAGAACACGGGCGACAUACACGACCCGAGCCUAGCUUGCCCACCGGCUGCGAACAAUGCCGAAGACAACUUCUUAGCGUCAGGGCUAAGGGUGAAGGAGAAGAAAGAAAAAACGGAAGAAGAAGGCAAAGACAACGGGGAGUCGGUUGUCAAGAAGAAGAAAUUGGAGAAAAACGAUAACAUCGAGGUCGAAGACAGCGACGAUUACUUACUAUACUUAGAAUCAAUAUUGAAAAGAGUCCAUAAACGAUUUUACAGAAAUUACGACAAGAAAAUUGAAGGCGGGGCGGAUGUGAAGAAAGUGAUUGUUGAGGAACGCUCCGAGGUGCUUAAGGGUUGUGAGAUCGUUCUGUCGGGUCUCGUACCACUCAAGGUUCCCCUGGACGAAUCUGUAGCGGCUCAGAUGGCCAUGAAACUCGGCGCGACCAUUGCCCAGGAGCUCGGGCCGAACACGACCCACUUGAUUGCCGCCGUGAAGGGAACGGCGAAAGUACACCAAGCCAGGAAGAUGAAGGGUGUCUCUGUUGUCAGCCCGCACUGGCUCAUAGCAUCUGCCCAGCGUUGGGAGAGGGUCGAUGAACGGCUCUACGACGUCGGGACUGGCGGGCCGCCGAUCCCAUUUUGCAAGUCGCUCCAGCCAAAGGGGAUACCUCAGUUUAUAUCGCUGUCCCAAGAGGAAAUGGAUGAAAUGGCGCUGGAGGUCGGAGAAGACAGCGACAAUGACGAGAACGACGACGAUAAAGAAGAAGAAAUCGUCACCGAUACGACGAACAGUGAUGGCGAGGAAGAGUGGUCAGAGCUGGGCAAAGAGAUCGAAAAAGGCCUGUCGGACUUUAUGUGAAUGAAUAUAUAUAUAAAAUCGC